CCAAAUGCAUGUACGAGUUUGACUCGUAGAAUCCGGAAUUUGGGUUCGACACUGGAAGUCCAACUGACAACAAACCUUUGAUUUCAAACACCGAACGGUUACGAUGAAUCCCGGAUGACGCAAACUCUAUGUACCUAAAUACACCCGCUUACAUGUGAUUCCUUCGAGUUAAAGAGUCAAUGGCUCUUUCGAUCCUCACUCGGUUCUCUACUUAUACUUCGGCAUCGUUCUCUUCCACUCUCACCGUCAACCAUUUCAGUAAAAGAACCAUCUUCACUAUCGCUACUAAGAAGAAGACUCAACCCCAGAGGUACAAAAUAAUGGCUUCUUCACAAGCUCAAGUACCGUUAUCACAAGACCAAAAAAUAACAGCUCCAUACGGUUCGUGGAUCCCCAUCCCCGCCGACGUCGUUUCAGGCGCCUAACGGCUUGGAGGCACCGCCGUUGUCCAAGGCCAUCUCUUUUGGCUCGAGUCACGCCCUUCUGAAUCAGGACGGGCAGUUCUUGUGAAAGGAGCGGAGAAGCCUGGAGAUGAACCUAUUGAUAUUACGCCAAAGGAGUUUGCUGUACGGACAGUGGCUCAAGAGUAUGGAGGAGGAGCGUUUAGGAUUUCUGGGGAUACUGUUGUUUUCUCCAACUAUGUAGAUCAGAGAUUGUACAAGCAAUCAAUCAGUUCCAAAGGUUCAAAUUUAUCUUGUCCUGUACCAAUUACUCCAGAUUACGGAGGACCGGUUGUGAGUUAUGCUGAUGGAGUUUUUGAUUCAAGGCUUGACCGUUAUAUCACUGUAAUGGAAGAUCGCCGUGAAAGUAGUAUAAAUGCAACCACAACAAUCGCAGCUGUAUCACUUGAUGAUGGGAACCAAGAGCCCAAAGUAUUAGUGAGUGGCAAUGAUUUCUAUGCGUUCCCACGCUUGGACCCCAAAGGUGAAAGGAUGGCAUGGAUUGAAUGGAGCCACCCUAACAUGCCGUGGGAUAAAGCAGAGCUCUGGGUUGGCUAUAUUUCUGAGAAUGGAGAUGUGUGCAAACGUGUUUGUGUAGCUGGUAGUGAUCCUAAAAUUGUGGAGUCUCCCACUGAGCCAAAGUGGUCCCCAACAGGAGAACUGUUUUUCAUAACAGAUAGAAAAAGUGGAUUUUGGAAUCUCCAUAAAUGGGUUGAAUCAAAGAAUGAGGUGCUUCCACUUUAUUGCUUGAAUGCUGAGUUUUCAAGACCAUUGUGGAUUUUUGGAAUGAAUUCUUAUGAGUUCAUCAAGAGUGAGGUGGAAAAAACCUUGAUUGCCUGCAGCUACAGGCAAAGUGGGAGGUCAUAUCUUGGAAUUCUGGAUGAUGUUCAGGGUUCAAUUUCUCUGCUUGAUAUUCCUUUCACAGAUAUAGACAAUAUUACUUCAUGGGACAACUGUCUGUGUGUUGAGGGAGCCUCUGCAACUCAUCCUUCAUCAGUGGCUAAGGUGACUCUAGACGAUCAUAAAGUAAAUGUAGUUGAUUUCAAGAUUAUUUGGUCGUCUUCACCAGAUAGUUUAAAGUAUGAGUCCUACUUCAGUCUGCCAGAGUUAAUUGAAUUUCCAACAGAGGUUCCUGGCCAAAAUGCCUAUGCAUACUAUUAUCCACCAUCUAAUCCCCUCUACCAAGCUAGCCAGGAAGAAAGGCCUCCAUUGCUGUUGGAAAGUCAUGGAGGGCCUACAAGUGAAACUCGUGGAAUUUUGAACCUCAGCAUCCAGUACUGGACUAGUCGAGGCUGGGCAAUUGUGGAUGUUAAUUAUGGCGGAAGCACUGGUUAUGGGAGAGAAUAUCGUGAGAGACUUUUGGGGCAGUGGGGAAUUGUUGAUGUUGAUGACUGCUGCAGCUGUGCUAGAUUUUUGGUGGAGAAGGGGAAGGCAGAUGAUGAACGACUCUUUAUAGCAGGAGGCUCUGCUGGUGGGUACACAACCUUAGCUGCCCUUGCUUUUAGGGAUACGUUCAAGGCUGGAGCUUCUCUCUAUGGUGUAGCUGACUUGAGCUUGUUGAGGGCAGAGACUCACAAAUUUGAAUCUCAUUAUCUUGAUAACCUUGUUGGAAGUGAGAAGGAUUACUUUGAGAGGUCACCUAUCAAUUUUGUUGAUAAAUUUUCUUGCCCCAUCAUUCUCUUCCAGGGAUUGGAAGAUAAGGUUGUACCCCCUGAUCAAGCUCGUAAAAUCUACCAGGCAUUGAAGGAAAAGGGUUUGCCUGUUGCUCUUGUGGAGUAUGAGGGAGAACAACAUGGUUUUCGCAAGGCUGAAAACAUUAAAUUCACACUAGAACAACAAAUGGUUUUUUUUGCACGGUUGGUUGGACGCUUCAAUGUUGCAGAUGAGAUUACACCAAUCAAGAUAGACAACUUCGACUGAUCACUUAUAGAAACGUUUGGUUCUAGCAUUUCAGUCAUGGCAUGAAUCUUUGGUGUGACAUAUGACAGUUUUCUUCUUUUCAGGAAGCUUGUGAUCUAUCUGAAACUGAAAAGCAACUGGAUAUUUAUCCUCUUCUCUGUGUAGAGUUAUAACUGCUAAUAAGAUGGAACUACAUUUUUUCAAUGACUCUAUAGAAACCUUAAUGAUUUUCUUUAGACAUCA